UGUGCAGCGAUGCAGUUGAACAGGUUCUUGUUCCAAGGAAGAGAAAGAAGAAGGAGGUAGUUUGAUCACAUCACAAUAGUUUGAUCACAGAACACUAGUACAUUAAUCAGACUGCAGUGCCUCAAUAGGACCGAUUCAACCAGGAAUGAAGGUGACUCAACUAGACUGUCUGUGUCUGAUUCUUCUACAUCUCCUACACACAUCAGGCUCUGAGAAGUUUGAGGUUCUUGGUCCAACUGAUUCCAUUGUUGCUGUAGCUGGUGAUGACAUCGUUCUGCCCUGUUACCUCAAACCCAACAUCAGCGUUGAGGACAUGACAGUGGACUGGCUUAACCUGGACAUCAUAGACGGUCGUGUCUUUCGUUACCAAAACAGCGAAAUCAUACGAGAUGAUCAGAUUCCCUCCUAUAGAGGAAGAACUUCACUGUUUGAAGAGGAACUAUGGAGGGGCAACACCUCUUUGAAACUGACCAGGGUACAAGGCACUGAUGAGGGACAUUACAAAUGCUUAAUUCAGUCAAAGAGCUGGUAUGAUGAUUUCACUGUUCAAGUCCUCGUUAAAGCUGUAGGAUCCAAGCCAGUGGUGUCAAUUGUGGGACACAGAGAGGGAGGGAUGGGUUUGCUGUGUGAAUCAGAAGGCUGGCACCCUGAGCCUGAGCUGGUGUGGCUGAACAGUAAAGGAGUCCAUCUCUCUGCUGGUCCUCCUGAGAUACAUAGAAGUUUCAAGGGAUUCUACAGAGUCAAACGACAUGUCAUUGUCCAGGAGACUGACACCAACCGCUUUACCUGCAGAGUCCAACAGAGACAGAUCAAUGAGAAGAUGGAGACAGAGAUUCACCUCCCUACUGUAGGAUCCAAGCCAGUGGUGUCCAUUGAGGGACACAGAGAGGGAGGGAUGGGUCUGCUGUGUGAAUCAGAAGGCUGGCACCCUGAGCCUGAGCUGGUGUGGCUGAACAGUAAAGGAGUCCAUCUCUCUGCUGGUCCUCCUGAGACACACAGAGACUUCAAUGGAUUCUACAGAGUCAAACAAUAUGUCAUUGUCCAGGAGACUGACACCAACCGCUUUACCUGCAGAGUCCAACAGAGCAGGAUCAAUGAGAAAAUGGAGACAGAGAUUCACCUCCCUAGUGAGUUAUUUUAUACAACCCCAUGGAGAAUGGCCUUCAUUGUGUUAUGCUGUCUGGGAGCCAUCACUGUGAUUGGGUUAGCUCUGGCUAUCUACUGCAUAUGUUAUAAGAAAGAUGAUCUCAAGAAGGAAAGUGAUGAACUCUGGGAGCAGAAUCACAAUAACAAGGAGAGGUUCUAUGACCUCACUGUGGAGCUCGAAAUACUGACUUCUCAGCUGGAUUUUGUGAACACAAACUGGAGUCCAGAUUUUGAAACCAUCAGAAGACAUGCAGUGGAUGUGACUCUAGACCCUGAUACUGCACAUCGUAACCUCAUCCUGUCUGAUGACGGGAAACAAGUGAGACAUGGAGAACUAAAUCAGGUUCUCUCUGACAACAGGAAGAGGUAUAAAAAUUGGUCCGGUGUCCUCGGAAAUGUGGGCUUCUCAAGGAAGUUCUACUAUGAGGUGAAGGUGGAGGGGAAGACUGAGUGGACUUUGGGAGUGGUCAGAAGGUCCAUCAAUAGGAAUGAGAGGUCUAGACCGAUCCCUUAUAAAGGAUACUGGACUGUGGAGCUGAAGGAUGGAAAGUACACAGCUCACGCUGAUUCCCCUCUCACCCUCUUACUGAGAGAGAAGCCCCUGAAAGUGGGUGUGUUUGUGGAUUAUGAGAAGGGACAGGUAUCCUUCUACAAUGUGGAGGCCAGGUCUCAUAUCUACUCUUUCACACGCUCCAAAUUUUCUAAGAAACUCUAUCCAUUCUUCAACCCUGGUGGUUCAGAUAGUAUUUCACUGGUCGUCUGUCCUGUGGAUGCCACUGACUGACUGUUUUAACCUUUCUGAUCUCCC